UACAUAUAAAACAUUUCUAAUUGAUAAACCCUUUAUGCAUUAACUGUUUUGGAAAGCUUGUUACAUUUUGCCCCAUUUUACAGGUCGAUGUUUGGAGCAAGCAAAAUCCUUUUAUCCACAUGAGUUUCUUGGGUCUCUUUACUUUUACAGCAGCUUACCUUCCGUGGGAAUCGAGUGCUUGGCAUCGGAACUUCUAGAGCUUGUUGUGCUAAAUCAGAAGUAGCAAGUUGUUGUUUAGAUGUCAAAGCCAGUAAUGUUGAUUCUCGCCUAGUAGCAUCUGAUGGAUGCAUCUCUUUGAAGAGAUUUUACAGUGCAGCACAUGGUUCCCCAAAUUUCUUUAUGGGGUGUUGCAGUUUUUCUUCACAGGCUGACACAAAAAGCAGUGCACAAGAAGAAGAUGAUUUGGAGGAUGGGUUUUCUGAGCUUGAGACUGCAGCUAGUGCUGCUGAUGUGGUUCAAGACAGCAAUGUUGACGAUUUAAACGAAGAUCAAUUGAUUUCCGAACCAGAGCUCUCUGAAGAAGAAGAUGAUGGUGAUGGUGUAGAAGAACCUCAAAAUGACCUGGAAUUAUUUGAUACUGAGGUAGAAGUAACUGAGAAAAGACCUCCACAAAAGAGAGCUUCUUCAGCAUUGUUCAAGGCUAUCAUGGCUGCUCCAGGUUUGUCUGUUCAAAGUGCUUUGGAUAAGUGGGUUGAGGAGGGAAAUGACUUGAAUUGACCUGAGAUAGCCUUGGCCAUGCUCAACCUUCGGAAACGUCGGAUGUAUGGGAGGGCCUUGCAGGUAAUUUGUCUCAAUUCUUUUGUUGCAUAUGAUUAAUCUGAGUUAGCUUGUGUUAAGAGUAUUUGUGCUUAAAUCUUCACUUUUAAAUUCUAGCAGUCUGUAAUCUGGUUUCAAUAAGUAGAUGCGGUAUACUGAAUGUGUUAACCAGCCUUUACAUUGAUUUAUUUAUUAUCUUUGUUUUCAAUGUAUUGUGGCUCUAAAUCAGGAUAACAAAGUUGGGAAAACUCUUAAAAGAAUAAAGACCCUUCAAAAAGUUUUCUGUUUACAACCUAGCAACAAAGCCGUAAUCGCAAGUCCUAGGGUUUAAAGGAUAAUUUUUCCCCUUAUGGAGUAAAUAAAGUUUUAAGAUUUUUUUUGUCCAUUAUUAAUCAAUCUUAGCCACUACUUCAUGCAGUGUGGUUCUUCAUGGUAAUCUCUUUAUAUAAUCAUGCAACAUGAUAUUAUACAUUCUUAAUAGGGUGGAAAAUAUGCUGCUUGUAUCUUUCUUCAUCAAUUGAAUUAGUUGUCAUUCUUUUUUUAAGUUGCAAUUCAUCAGAGAUUAAUCAUUUUUGCCAUUUGAUUUUUA